GUCGCUGCUGGCGCGGCGGUGGCGCAGGAUGGCGCAGAAGAAAUAUCUUCAAGCAAAAUUGACCCAGUUUCUAAGGGAAGACAGAAUUCAACUUUGGAAACCACCAUAUACUGAUGAAAAUAAAGAAGUUGGUUUGGCCUUGAAGGACCUUGCUAAGAAGUACUCUGACCGACUAGAGUGCUGUGAAAAUGAAGUGGAAAACAUAAUAGAAGAGAUCCGUUGCAAAGCCAUUGAGCGUGGCACAGGAAAUGAACACUACCGAACAACCGGGAUUGCCACGAUUGAGGUGUUUCUGCCUCCAAGACUCAGGAAAGACAAGAAAAGCUUGUUGGAGACCCACUUGCAUGUCACUGGUAGAGACCUGAGAUCUAAAAUAGCUGAAACUUUUGGAUUUCAAGAAAAUUACAUCAAGAUUGUAAUAAAUAAGAAACAACUUCAACUAGGGAAAAGCCUUGAAGAACAAGGAGUGACUCCCAAUGUAAAGGCCAUGGUGCUAGAACUGAAACAGUCUGAAGAGGAUGUGAGGAAAAACUUGCAGGUAGAGGAAGAGGAACAGAAUGAAGCAGAACUGAAGGAGAAAUGCAUUCAGAGGACCAAAAGGGGACUGGAGAUUCUGGCAGAGAGAGCUGAGAUGGUAGAUCCGGAAACCAUGCCUUACUUAGACAUCGCAAACCAGACAGGCAGGUCAAUCAGAAUUCCUCCUGCCGAAAGAAAAGCCCUUAUGUUAGCUAUGGGAUACCAUGAGAAGGGCAGAGCUUUCCUGAAGAGGAAAGAGUAUGGAAUAGCCUUGCCGUGCCUUCUGGAUGCUGACAGGUAUUUCUGUGAGUGCAAAGAGCUGCUGGACACUGUGGACAACUACGCGGUUCUCCAGCUGGAUAUUGUGUGGUGCUACUUCCGCCUGGAACAACUGGAGUGCCUGGAUGAUGCAGAGAAGAAGCUGAACUUGGCCCAGAAGUGCUUUAAAAACUGUUAUGGAGAGAAUCACCAGAGACUGGUCCACAUAAAAGGAAAUUGUGGGAAAGAGAAAGUGUUGUUUUUAAGACUCUACCUGCUUCAGGGGAUUCGGAACUAUCACAGUGGAAAUGGAGAGGAGGCUCGGGAAUAUCUCAACAAGGCGCGCCAGCUCUUUAAAGAGCUGUACAUUGAUCCAUCAAAAGUUAACAACUUGCUGCAGUUGGGGUUCACUGCCCAGGAAGCCCGGCUCGGCCUGCGGGCUUGUGAUGGGAACGUGGACCAUGCAGCCAUUCAUAUUUCCAACCGCAGAGAGGAACUGGCCCAAAUAAGGAAGGAGGAGAAGGAGAAGAGGAGACGCCGCCUGGAAAAUAUCAAGUCCUUGAAAGGAAUGGGCUACUCCACACAUGCUGCCAAACAGGCCCUUCACCAGGCCAGAGGCAACCUGGACGACGCCCUGAAGAUUCUCCUCAGUAAUCCCCACAUGUGGUGGUUACAGGACUCAGACUCUGAAAACAGCAGCCGUCAAGCAAGUCCUUCCCAGGAAAGCAUCGACCAACUGGUGUACAUGGGUUUCGACACAAUGGUGGCUGAAGCAGCGCUAAGGGUAUUUGGAGGCAAUGUCCAGGUAGCAGCUCAGACCCUUGCGCACCAUGGAGGAAGCCUUCCUCCAGACCUGCAGUUCUCAGGAGAGGACUCCUCCUCCACAGCGUCCACAUCCCCGUCUGACUCUGCAGGGACCUCUAGUGCCUCAACAGAUGAAGACAUGGAGACAGAGGCUGUCAACGAGAUCCUGGAGGACAUUCCAGAGCACGAGGAGGACUACCUGGACUCAACUCUGGAGGACGAAGAAGUCAUUAUUGCCGAGUACUUGUCCUAUGUGGAAAGUGUAAGGUCUGCUGCAAAGAACAACUGAACAGAAAUUAGUGCUACAUUUCUGCCUAUAAAUCUGUCGUUGCGAAUGGUCGAAUGCAGCUCUUCUUUGCGUUCCUCUUGCUUUUCAACGAUUUUGCUCCGAGUAGGCUUUUUCCUCAGGUACAGGGACCCAGCAUAGUGAAGAGAGGCUUUGUUGGGAAAGACGGUCUAGAAAAGGGGAUUCCCUGGCUCUGCUGUUUCCCUUCUGCCUCCCAGUCUGCAUCUCUAACCCUGUCACUGUCAGUUUUCCAUCAGAACUGAGGAGCAGGCUUUCCAAUGGAGGCAGGGUGGUCUGCAGAGAGACGGGGACUCUGUCUCCCGUCUGCCUCUCAUUAGCCCUCCUGUCCUGCUGCUGUCCUCUUCCGCCACUGCCUCUGCUGUGCAAGCUUACCUCAGCCCUUGCUCACCCUGCCGCACCCCUUGACUCUUCAUUCCAAGUGCUGUGGGCACAAUGAGAUACAGGCCGCAAUUCCACACCAAAUGGUGGCAGAUACCUUGAUCUUGAAAUGUCAGUGUUUGUGCUCUUAGAUCAGUAAAAAUCUGUACUUAAAAUUCAAGGUUGCAAAUCAGAGUUUCUGUAAAUUCUGGAUUCCUCAUACAAAGUGAAAGUCUCUUAUUAAAUCGAAGUUUUAAA